CAUUCACUCCUUCCAUAUAUGGCUGGAAAAACUGGAUUCAUGGACGGGGGUAGCAAGAAAGAGACAAAAGAUCAAAGUGGCUCAUGCAAGCUGGUUAUCGUAACGGAUACACUGAACACCUAUGUGCAAAGGGUGCUGGUGAGCGUCAGCGUAAUCAGCAGGAGCGCCAAAUACCCAACAAUGUGGGGGAAUACAGGAGAGCUCGUAUUGACAAGCAGACAGCGCAGCCACGUGUUAAAAAUUAACACCCCAUUGAAGAAUGAUUGACAUUUCUUCUUCACAAGGAACAUCUCAAACUGAUUGAUGUAGAUUAUACACAUAGCAGGUGCCUGCAUAGUCAAACUGAAA